AUGAAUAAUGGCCAUAUAGAUCAAGAAACUCAAGACAUUGAAGGAGAUAUCAUUGCCCUACGUUCAGAAAUAGAGGAACUUAAGAAAACACAGGAGAAUUUGCUAAACGAAGUGAGACUGCUUGAUGUUGAAGGAGCACAUGAAAGUACAGAGCAUCAGAAAGAACAAGAAUAUAACGUUGAUGAAAUAGAGGCUAUCCCAAGUGUUUCACAGCAUGAUCGUUUCGAUGAAUCCAUAAGUAAAUUUUUUGAAACACUGAAUGAAGGAAAGAAGAAACCAGUGAAUAAACUGAAGCUAGAAGCCUUGGAAAGAGCCAAGAAGUUAGUGGAUUUGAAAGAGAGCAUACUAUAUGAAAAUAUAUUCCGUUUUGCCGGAAUAACUGCCUUUCCUUUGAAUGAAUAUAUGUUUGGGGAUGAUGAUCGAAUAAUGGGUCUUAGAUUUGACAUCUUGUCUCACUUCCACAAGAAGUAUGUCACUCCGCAUUAUAUUAUUAUAAAAAAGAUACCAUAUAUGCUGAAAGACGAGCAAAUCAUUACGAAAUGGAGAGUAUAUAAACACACAUUGCCUGUUUACGUUCCAUUAGCACAAUUCGAAAGUUCGCUAUUACAAGAUGAUCAGGACAAUGGCGUUUACGAUCUCGCAAAGAACGUCAGAACCUUUUUGACAAAACUACAAUAUAAGCACGAUGUACUCAACUUGAUAGGUGUUUCAUUCAAAGAAGUUCAGAAAAUAGAAAAGGAUCUACAAUGUCAGAGCGUUACUAUUUUGCUUCAUGCCCGAAGGUCUGGAUUGUUAGGUUACCUUAAGAUAAGUUUAAACUGCUCUAUAGACUUUAUCGAAGAAGCUGAUAUUAGAAUCGAGACAGGCUAUGAACACCUUAAAGAACAGAUACUUACGGGAGAAGCAAUGCUUCUGAAUUGCACAUUUAAUGACUUAAUUGAUAAUCUUCACAAACUAAUACAAUAUUUUUCGGAGCAGAGUAUCUUGUAA